UUCCGUCUUCUGAGUCCUUGGCUAAUUCUUCAUCGUUCCAGAUUCGUUGGUCGAUCACGUCGAUCUCGCCCUCCAAACCCUGAGAGCGCUUGUUUCUUUGAAGCGAGCGAGAGCCAGAGCCGGGGCAUAGGGAAGAGAUCGUCAACUUCGCUGCCGAUCGGGGAAGGGCAACCCCGGGUCAGAGGCCGCCUAGCAUCUCCGAGAGCAAAGCCCACUCUGCUUUAGCUUUAAGCCCUUGAUUUUCGUAGCAAGACUCUCUCUCUCUCUGUUCCGAAGCUUGGCAUUCUAGUGAAGCACAUAUACCAUCUGCUCUUCUAAUGGCUGCUUCUUCGAAUAUCAGAAGAUAUUACCAUGUGUUCCUCAGUUUCAGAGGGACAGAUGUCCGCCACGGCUUCCUCAGUCAUCUCUACGCGGCUCUGGACCAGAAAGGAAUAUACACUUUUGUGGAUAGCGAGGAGCUUAGGAAAGGAGAGGAAAUAUCGCCGACGCUCGUGGGGGCGAUCGAGGAAUCUCGCAUCGCGAUCAUUGUCUUCUCUGAGAACUACGCCUCCUCACCAUGGUGUUUGGAAGAGCUCUUGAAAAUCAUGGAGUGCAAGGAGCAAAACGACCUGAUGGUGUUCCCAGUGUUUUUCAAAGUGGAACCGAGAGAAGUGAGAGGGGGGAGAGAGAGUUAUAAGAGAGCUAUGGAUAAGCAUGAGUCCAAGUUCGGGAAGGAUUCAGAGAAAGUGAAGAGAUGGAAGAAGGCUCUCCUUGAUGCCGGUAACUUGUCUGGGUGGGACUUCGAUGACAGGAACGCACAAAUGUGAUGCAGUGCUUUGCGAUUGUUAGCUUGUGAUUGUUUGUUAGAUAUCAAAUCGUAUGUAUAGCUUCGAAUUGCCGAAACGAUGCAUCGAGUUCUUUGAAUUCGCAGUAGACACAAAAGUUGAAAGACCAAAAUUUCAAGCUAGCAGAAAUUUCUGUCUUAGAUAAGUAGUGUGGUUCCUAGGACCCGAGUAAUUAGUGUCUUCAGGCCUUUGUA